AUGACUACGAGGAGCAAUACCGACCCUGACGAGCUGCUCCCGCUAACGGACCCUGAGGCUAUCAUCCGAUCUGGUAACGCCGAACAACGCCGACUCAAACAUCUCAAGUCCAACCCAACCAUCCCGCACCCACCUCCUUCUGAAACUACACCUGCCAUCGCGAUGUCCGACGAUACGGCCCCAGCUCAUGAAACAUCCGGGUCGACUCGCACGGCGGACGCCGCAGAUAUGCAGACUGCUAAAGACUGGUUCAAGCCGAACGUCGACAAGCUGCAGAGGAUUGCCGACAAGCUCUGGAGGAUUGCCGCGCGGACCGACAGAUCCUUAUUUCUGCUCAUCAAGCCAGCGCCGCCCGCAUUAGCCGAUUAG